AUGGAUCUGGUCUUAACAAUUGCCUCUAUUGUUAUAGCCAUUAUAGCAGUUUUCACAACCCGGUAUGCUUACAAAUGGAGCAGUCCCAAACGCAAGGGAAUUCUCCCUCCUGGUUCAAUGGGCUUUCCCUUCAUCGGUGAAACUCUUCAGUUAAAUUUUUCCUCUCCAUCCAUUGACCUUCACACAUUUUUCGCCAAAAGAUUCAAAAGGUACGGCCCAAUUUUCCGAACAAAUGUAGCCGGCCGGCCGGUCAUCGUCACGGCAGACCCUGAAUUUAAUCACUUUCUCCUCCGCCAAGAUGGUAAGCUUGUGGUGCCAUGGGGCAUGGACACAUUUGCAAAGAUAUUUCAACAAUCAAAGCAGUUUUCCAACCAAAAAUACAACAGGAGUUUGAUCUUGAGUUACUUCGGGGUAGAGACCCUGAAAGAGAAGUUACUUCCUCAAAUGGAAGACGUGGUGAACAAAACCCUUGUUAAAUGGUCGACUCAAGCAUCAGUUGAACUGAAACAUGCAACCAUGGAUAUGACACUCAAUUUUGGUGCGCAAUUGCUAUUUGGUGGUGAUUUUGAAGAUGCACCAUUUGAUGCAAGUAAAAUGUACAUGGACUUGACGGAAGGACAAAUGUGCUUCCCCCUGAACUUUCCCGGUAGUACACAUCACAAAUGUUUGCAGAUUCAUAAAAGGUUGAGAGGGUGGUUGAAAGGUGUUGUGGAGAAACGUCUGGCGUCACCCAAAAGGGGCCAUGGAAACUUGCUUGACCACCUCAUCCAAGACAUCAGCACCGAUCAGUCAGACAUCAAAGAGGAUGUUAUUGCUCAAUUAUUGUUUGGUUUUUCAUUUAACAUCGCUCCGACCAUAGCAUCAACGUUAGCAUUAGCUAUUAAGCUACUUGCUGAUCAUCCAACAACUUUGGAGGAACUAACGGCAGAGCAUGAGGCGAUCUUUAAGAAUCGGGAAAAUUUAGAUACUCCGUUAACAUGGAGUGAAUUCAAGUCCAUGACAUUUACCAUUCAAGUUAUCAAUGAAGUCCUUAGGUUGGGAAACAUUGCUCCGGGGUUAUAUCGUCGAGCCAUGAAAGAUAUUCCGGUCAAUGGGUAUAUUAUUCCACAAGGAUGGGGAAUUAUAAUUGCUUCUUCAGCUAUGCAUUUGAACCCUAGUUACUUUGAAGAUCCCCUUUCAUUCAAUCCAGGCCGUUGGAAGGACAUCAAUCCCGAAGUUGUAUCAAAAUGUUUUAUGCCAUUCGGAUCAGGAAUGAAGCAGUGUGCGGGAGCAGAAUACAGCAGGGCAUUCAUGGCCGCUUUCUUACAUGUUUUGGUUUCAAAAUACAGAUGGAAGAUGGUUAAGGGUGGAAAGAUCGUGCGAUCCCCUCUUAUAAAUUUCCCAGAUGGAUUUCACUUUAAGAUCUCCAAAAAGAAAACUUAAUCAGGUGGCUUAUGUUGAAGUAAUCAAGUAGGCAAUUCCAAUGACCCGCACCUAAGCAAGUUUGGUAGAAAGAACAAAUAAAAGUAAGUCUUGUGGUUAAUUAAACUUUUUCGCCCGGACAGUUAUUAAUUAGUUUAAGUUUAUUAAUCAAUCAAAGGGGUCUGUUGUGGUUAAUUAAACUUUUUCUUUCAUCAAAAGUUGUACUGAUCUUUGUUUUCGGAAUUUAAUAAACCAUCGAUCUGGUGGCUUAUGGUGCCG